AUGGGUGGUCUCAAAGCUGUUGAGGAUCGGCCGACGCCGAAGGAGGUCUACAAUUGGCGUCUGUACACAGAGGCGUCCAUUAUUGCCAUGGGCUCGUUGCUUUUCGGCUAUGACUCCGCCUUUAUUGGCACGACCAUUGCCCGGGCCGGUUUCAAGGAUGACUUUGGCAUCACAGACGCCAAUAAGUCCGGCAUCAGCUCCAACAUUACAUCUGCAUUCCAAGCGGGUGCCCUCGGUGGUGCCUUGAUGUGCUUCUUCAUUACCGAGUAUAUCGGCCGUAGGUGGGCGCUCAUUAUCGCCAACCUUGUCUUUAUUGCUGGCGCUGUCCCGAUGGUUGCCGCUACCACCGACUUGGCCAAUAUCUAUGCUGGCCGUGCUCUUACCGGCUGGGGCUGCGGCGUCAUCACUGCUACAGUCCCAUCCUAUAUCGCCGAGCUCUCCAUCUCUUCGAUCCGCGGUAUCCUCACAGGCCUUUUCGAAGUUACAUAUCAGACAGGAUCCCUCGUCGGCUUCUGGAUAAACUAUGGCGUCAACCAAAACAUGGACCCAAACAGCCGCGCGGCUUGGCGCGUUCCUAUGGCCGUUCAGCUCAUCCCCGCUGGCUUCCUUCUUGUUGGAGGCUUCUUCCUACACGAGUCCCCGCUGUGGCUCUUCAAGAAGGGCCGUAUCGCCGAAGCUGAGAAGGCUCUCGUAGCCCUGCGCCACCUCCCCAUGGACCACCAAUACAUGCAGGAAGAGGUUGCUAUUAUCAACACCCGUCUCUCCGAAGAAGCUGCCGUUGCUGCUAAGUACGGUACUGGCUUCUGGGCCUAUAUCCGUGGCUGCCUGGCCGAAUUAAGCCGCAAGGGCAUGUGGAAUCGUCUGCUACUGGUUUUCUGUUCCUUUUCGCUUCAGAACAUGUCGGGAGCAGCAGCCAUCAACUACUACUCGCCCAUGCUAUUCGGCUCUAUUGGUAUCAAGGACGUCGCUCUAUACACCGGCAUUUAUGGCCUUGUUAAGGCUGUCGCGUCGAUUAUCUUCUAUGGAGCUCUUAUCGAUAUUUGGGGACGUCGGAACCCCACGAUUAUCUCCUCGCUUGCCUGUUCGCUCUGCCUGUGGUUCGUCGGAGCCUACGUCAAGGUUGGCAACCCUGCGCCGAUUAUCGCGGCCGGCAACGAGCUCUCUGCGUCGAACGCCGCUGGUGGAAAGGCCGCUACAGCUGCUAUCAUGAUCUACUCUGUGUUCUGGUCUUUCGGUUUGAACGGUAUUCCCUGGAUUGUGUCCGCCGAAAUCUUCCCCGGCGCACUGCGCAACCUUACCGGAACUUUCGCCGCCUUCACUCAGUGGAUGAUCCAGUUCAUCAUCACCAAGGCACUUCCGUACAUCUUUGAGUCCCUUGACUUUGGUGUCUGGUUCUUCUUUGCCUGCUGGAUGCUUACCGCCACUCUUUGGGCGUACUUCUUCUUGCCCGAAACCAAGGGUGUCACCCUCGAGCAGAUGGACGUGCUCUUUGGGUACGAGGGUGAUCGUCGGGCUCAGGGCAUUGUGCAGACACCGCUGGCCAAGGAGGAUGCGGUCAGCAUUGAGGAGGGAGUUGGCAAGGCUGGAAUGACAGACCACACGGAGAGGGCUUAA